AUUCUUAUGUGCCUAUAAUAAAGUAGUAAUGCAGGUUUAUUCAGUCUGUAGGCCUGAAACCCUUUUGGGAUUCUUGCUGAUUUUAGUUUUUUCAGGGAGUUUCUGUUAUGGUUAUGAUAAGGUUGUGGAGGUAGUUGGGAUUGGAGAAUGUACUGAUUGUAAGGACAUUAAUAUCAAGAGCAGCCAUGCUUUAUCAGGGCUUAAAGUAACCGUUGACUGCAAGCUUGAGAACGGGAAGCUCAAAACAAAAGGCGUGGGAGAGCUCGAUGGUGAAGGGAACUUCAAGAUCUCUCUUCCUCAAGAGAUCUUGAAAGAUGGGAAGUUGAAAGAAGAAUGUUAUGCGCAACUUCAUAAUGCAGCAAAUAAACCAUGUGCAGUUGAUCAUGAUGGUUUAGAAGCCACCAAGAUUACUUUCCUGUCAAAAUCCGACCAAAAGCACACCUUCCAACCUGUCGGAAAACUUAAAUUCUCAUCAGCUGUGUGCACUUCUAAAUUCUUUUGGCCUUAUUUUAAGUAUCCUCCUCUACCAACACUACCACCUUUGCCCAAAACACACCCAUGGUUUGACCACCAUUUUCCUCUUCCUCAAUUUCCACCAAAGGUUUAUCCAUCAUUCCCAUUUCCACCACAAACACCAUCACCUACUCCUGUUUAUGACCCACCGGUUGUUGAGACUCCCCCUGUUCCGGUAUACAAUCCUCCUCCCGUUGUUGAACCACCACCGGUUUACAAUCCUCCUCCCGUUGUUGAACCACCACCAGUUUACAAUCCUCCUCCGGUUUACAAUCCACCACCUGUUUACAAUCCUCCUCCGGUUUACACACCAACACCAAAGCCAGAACCACCAGUAGUCAAGCCUCCUUGUGACCCAAAACCAAAGCCAGAGCCACCUGUCUACAAACCUGCUCCCAUUCCAGUUUAUAAGCCAAAGCCAAAGCCGCCGGUCUACAAGCCUGCUCCCGUCCCAGUUUACAAGCCAAAGCCAAAGCCAGAGCCUCCGGUGUACAAGCCUGCUCCCAUUCCGGUUUAUAAGCCAAAGCCAAAGCCACCGGUCUACAAGCCUGCUCCCAUUCCAGUUUACAAGCCAAAGCCAAAGCCAGAGCCUCCCGUCUAUAAGCCUGCUCCUAUUCCAGUUUAUAAGCCAAAGCCAAAACCACCUGUUUAUAAGCCUGCUCCCAUUCCAGUUUACAAACCAAAGCCAAAGCCACCUGUUUACAAGCCUGCUCCAGUUCCAGUUUACAAGCCAAAGCCAAAGCCGCCAGUCUACAAACCGGCUCCGGUUCCAGUUUACAAGCCAAAACCAGAGCCACCGGUUUACAAACCUGCUCCGGUUCCAGUUCCAGUUUACAAACCAAAGCCAAAGCCGCCAGUCUACAAACCUUCCCCUGUUCCAGUUUAUAAGCCAAAGCCAGAGCCACCGGUCUACAAACCUUCCCCUGUUCCAGUUUAUAAGCCAAAGCCAGAGCCACCGGUCUACAAACCUGCCCCUGUUCCAGUUUACAAGCCAAAGCCAGAGCCACCAAUCUACAAGCCUGCUCCUGUUCCUGUUUACAAACCUAAGCCAGAGCCGCCAGUCUACAAGCCUACUCCGGUACCAGUUUACAAACCUAAGCCAGAGCCGCCAGUCUACAAGCCUACUCCAGUACCAGUUUACAAACCAGAGCCAAAGCCGCCUGUUUAUAAUCCUUCUCCGGUUCCAGAUUACAAUCCGACACCAAAAUCACCAUUGCCUCCGCUAAUAGACCCACCUUCACCAAAGAAACCUUGCCCACCAUUUUCUCUCCCAAAGCUUCCUCCUUUGCCCACCAUUCCUCCAAAGUCUUUCCAUCAUCACCCCAUCCUAGGAAAUCAUCAUCAUUUGCCCACCAUUCCUCCAAAAUAUUUUCAUCACCCCAUCGUAGGGGAUCUUCCUCCCCUACCUCCUAAGUACUCUCAUCCUUAA